AUGCCGGCCGACUACGAGUCCGCAGUGCGGGCGCUCUCCCUGUCGCCGAACCCCCCGUCCUCCCCCUCCGAAGCCCACGCCGACGCCCGCCCGCCAUGGGUCCGCAACAUCGGCGGCACCUCGACCACGACAAUCACUUCAGGCGGCCGCCGCACGUCUGCCGCCCGUUUUGGCCGCCAAAGUUCGACAUCGCGACGAACAACAGCUCUCUCGGGUCUGAAUCGCGGCAUGCGCUCCGCGGUCAAGGCCGGCAACCGCCUCUGGAACAUGUACAUCGGCCUCAGCCCCGUCCAGCGUGUCGCCGUCGCCGCCUUCCUCCUCGUCGUUAACGUCCUUAUCGUUUUGCUCCUCGUCUACUCCCACGCAAUCUUCAAGUGGCUCGGCCCGGUCUCGCAGAAGUGGCGUGCGCUGCCCGGCGGCUGGCUCAUCAUCUGGGCCUUUACGUUCCUGACGGCCUUCCCGCCCAUGAUCGGUUACAGCACCGCCAUCUCCAUCUCGGGCUUCGUGUACGGGUUCCCGCUUGGAUACCCCAUUGUCGCGACGGCCACAGUCGCGGGGAGCUUGACGGCGUUUUAUACGAGUAGGGGCAUCUUCAGCGGAUACGUCCACCGGCUGGUUGGGCAGGACCAUCGGUUCAUUGCGCUGGGGCAAGUGCUGAGGAAGGACGGGCUGGGCAUGUUGACGGCGGUGCGCUUCUGCCCACUGCCGUACAGCUUGUCGAACGGGUUUCUGUCUACAAUCCCGUCCAUCAAGCCUUGGGCGUUUGCGGCCUCAACGGCUCUCGCCAGCCCCAAAUUGCUUGUCCAUGUCUUCAUCGGCAGCCGCCUCGCCCUCAUUGCUGAAAACGGCGACGAGAUGACGGCCGGCGGCAAGGCCAUCAACUACAUCUCCAUGGUCUUCGGCGGCGUCGUCGGCCUCGUCGUUGGCUGGCUCAUCUACCAGCGCACCAUGGCCCGCGCCGCCGAGCUGGCCCUCGAGGAGGCGGAGGCGAGCGGUCUCGUGCCCGGCCACGAUGACGCGCCCGAUUACUCGGACGUUGAGGCUGGCCUCGUUGACCCGGAGGACGUGGCGGCGCUCAUGGACGAUGACGACAUCUCACUGUGGACGCGCGAGGCGGACGAGGACGGCGGGUAUCGUGACGAUGAUGACGACAAUGAACAUGAGGCCAACGGGGGUGGGAGGACAAACCAAAAGGUGGCUGCGGAACCGUUUCACGACGAACACGAUGGGAAGGGGAACGGGUUCAAGGAUUCGGAUUAG